AUGCCGCCUCGACAAAUUUUGAUCCGGCCAGGCCAGAUGCGAGCAGUUUUGCUUGCAUUCAGAGCGACGCCCCUUUCCAGCUCGGGUAUUCGUCACUCGAGCACCGCCCCCGCAACAAUAGUCGAUCGCGGGUUCUGGCAAUCCCUUGUACCGAAACCAUUGCGAAAGGAAAACCGCCAAUUGAGAAAGAAGUCCAAGGAAUGGAACCCAGCGACAUUCUUCGUAGCUAUCUUUCUUCUCAUCGGAUCGAUGUCAAUCCAGAUGAUUGCAGUGCGGAAUUCAUUUGACCGGUUUAUGCGACAGUCAGAGGCUCGAAUUACCUCGUUGCGCGAUGUUGUCGAAAAGAUACAGCGGGGUGAAACGGUUGAUGUUGAGAAGGCACUUGGCACUGGUGACCCAGCAAAGGAGUCUGAUUGGGAAGAGAUGCUUAGAGCCAUUGAACGUGAUGAAGCAGCCCGUAAGGCGAAACGAGAGAAGGCAGAGCGAAGCGAGCUUGUUACUGCCACACCAGUCGCCAACGUCCAGGAUACAGAGCCAGUUAAAGCCGCACCUACUAAGGCGAAAACCGGAAAAUUUGGAAGCUUCUUUUAG